GAAAUAUUCUGAUGAAAUAUUAAUGGCUUCCAUAGACAUCCCAUUCCUUCAUGGAUCUAAAGAUCAUCAUGUAUUUACUAAUCCCGAUGUUUAUACUAGUGCUGGAGUUGUUGCCUCCACUUAUUCACGAUUUAAAACAAAUUUCUGGAUUGAUAGGAUUUUAUUCAUUCUGAGUGUAUGUAUCCCUGUAAUCCAAGCAUUUGUUCUCUUGUUACUUCAUGCUAUUCUAGGCGUUACACGUUGUCUUCCAGAUACAAAAGAAAACAAAAUUGAUUAUUACACCAUUACAAACACAUUCAUAGACCGUGCAUGUGGUCUACAAUUGACCACAGAAGUACUUCAAGGAACAGUGAAACCAUUACCAAAUUCUUUUAAAUCUUCAAGUCAAAUUCAUUCUGAAUCGGAUGUAACCGCUAGAGAAAUCAGUACUAUUCGUCUACAGCAUGAAUGUUAUCCAUUCGUAUUAAUUAUAUAUGCCAUAGCUAUGUGGAUUCCUCAUUAUUUGUACCAUCGUUUGACAGAUCGAACUGCAAGACGUGAUUUAUGUUUAGUACGUGCUGAAUUGCAUAGUUUUCGAAGAGCUGUUACUCAAGAACUUGCAUACUUACAAACACUUGCAACUGCAUCAACUGAUGUAGGUGCACCGACUGGAACGUUUUUAUCACCUGUCUCAACAAUACCACCAGGUCCUCCUACAUUACAUCCAAAUGGUUCAUAUUAUCCUCAUGCUGGAACAGGAUAUAAUUGUCAAAAUGAUGGAGCUAGUGGACGUACAACUGCUGCAACAUUUGGUGGUGCUUCAGGUUUAUCACAAACAACUGCACCUACCGUGAUUCAUGCACAACAACAAUCAGCAACAAUUGGUACAAUUCGAGGUGGAGGUGCUGGUGCAGUUGGUGGUGGUGGCGGCGGUGGUGGUGCACUUGUUGACAGUCCAACACUCUCACCAGCUUUACCGUUAAGUUUUGGUGAUGCUGAUUUAUCAGCUCCAGGUUUAUUAGAUCUACCAUGUUUUCAUGCAUGUCAUGCAGAUUGGUCAUUGAACACGUAUUUAGCUGCAUGGCAAAAUACUGAUUUCUAUUGGUCAAGAUAUUUAACUAAACAUUUAGUACUGCUGGUAUUUCAAGGAUGUACUAUCUUAUUUACUUUUACUAUAAUUGGUAUUUAUAAAGGUACACCAUUCGCUCCAUUAUUUAUAUGUCAAAUUAAUGAAAAUCAACCACCUCAUAAAUUAUUCAUUUGUAUGCUUCAAACAACAUUUAUUGUCAAUAUGUCUAUAUUAAGUAUAGGUUUUUUAAAUUUAACUGGAUUAAUUUUACAAAUUAUUUAUUUCUAUGAAAAUUUUAUACAUAUAUUUUGGUUAUUUAAUACUAGUGGAAAUUAUAUGGGUGUAACAACACAACCGAAUAUAUUUUUAACUGGUGUUGAUGAAUGUCGACGUUGUUUUUUCGCUGAUUAUAUUCGUCUAUUAGCUUAUACAGCAUUCAAAGAUACACAUUGUGAAAUACGUACAUUGACUGUUAGUUAUUCACCAUAUUUAUAUUGUUCAGAUUUUCAUUUCCUCUCGUUAUUAUGCAAUGAAAAUGCAAAUCUAUUUUCUGAUUCUAUACAUAUACACUAUUGGACUGAACGUUAUGCACGUUUAAGUUGUAAACGUUUUCGUCGACCAUAUUGGGCUAUACGACGUGGUAGUCUAGGUCAUUUAGUACGUUGUGAAGAUUUAUCAAUGAAAUUUAAUUUUAGUAAAAUUAAAAUACGAGUUGAAGUAAAUGAUUUUGGUUUUUGA